UUUCGUCUCACUUCUCUUUAACGUCAUUUCUCUUCCAAAACUUUCCCUGCGAAAAUCACAGAGAGCAACACUGAGGUGGAGACGAGAGAGCUUCUUUGAUCUUCUCGCGAGUUGUGAAAAACACAAGACUCUGGUUUCGGAAAAAGCUCUGGAGAUUUAGGUUCUCUUCUAGUUGUUGGGUCUAUUUCUGGGUUUCGAGCUGAUUUACAGUGUUUGGCUCCGAAAAAAUGGAGCUCAUCGGCUUGAGAUAGACUAGGGAUAGUUCUGGGGAUCUUUAUUUUUCUUUCUAUUAGGAGGAAAAUGUCGACGAAGAUCAAAGGAGAGCAUUCUUCUAGAAGCUUCGCAUCGCGGAAAUGGACAUUAUUACUCUGCUUAGGGAGCUUCUGCGUCGGAAUGUUCUUCACCGAUCGGAUGUGGAGUAUUCCUGAAUCUAAAAGCAUGUCUCGUCCAUCCGUAACCGAAGCUGAAAGAUUGAAGCUGAUUUCUGAAGGCUGCGAUCCAAAAUCUCUUUACCAGAAAGAAGUAAAACGAGAUCCCCAGGAUUUGUUUGGAGAAGUAUCCAAUACACACAAUGCUAUACAGACACUGGAUAAGACCAUUUCAAGCUUAGAGAUGGAGUUAGCUGCUGCGAGGUCAGUGCAGGAAUCUUUGCUAAACGGUGCUCCUGUAUCAGAUGAUAUGGGGAAUAAGCAACCGCAGGGAAAGAGACGGUAUCUGAUGGUCGUAGGGAUCAACACAGCUUUUAGUAGCCGAAAGAGAAGAGAUUCUGUUCGAGCAACGUGGAUGCCUCAAGGUGAAAAGAGGAGGAAACUUGAAGAAGAGAAGGGGAUUAUUAUCCGGUUUGUCAUUGGUCACAGUGCUACGGCCGGGGGAAUUCUAGAUCGAGCCAUAGAAGCUGAGGACAGGAAGCAUGGAGAUUUCUUGAGACUGGACCAUGUUGAAGGGUACCUAGAGUUGUCAGGCAAGACCAAAACUUACUUUUCUACGGCGUUUUCAAUGUGGGAUGCAGAUUUCUAUGUCAAAGUAGAUGACGAUGUUCAUGUAAAUAUAGCAACUCUUGGGGAAACUCUAAUUAGACACCGGAAAAAGCCACGGGUCUAUAUCGGUUGCAUGAAAUCUGGUCCUGUCCUCUCUCAAAAAGGGGUGAGAUACCAUGAGCCAGAGUACUGGAAAUUUGGUGAGAAUGGGAACAAAUACUUCCGUCAUGCUACUGGACAGAUAUAUGCCAUUUCAAGAGACUUGGCUUCUUAUAUCUCAAUCAAUCAGCAUGUUCUUCACAAGUAUGCGAAUGAAGAUGUUUCCUUAGGAGCUUGGUUUAUUGGGAUCGAUGUUAAACACAUUGAUGAUAGAAGAUUAUGCUGCGGCACUCCUCCUGAUUGUGAAUGGAAAGCGCAAGCUGGAAACAUCUGUGUAGCGUCAUUCGACUGGACCUGCAGCGGAAUCUGCAGAUCAGUAGAUCGCAUCAAAGAGGUUCAUCGACGUUGCGGUGAAGGCGAAAACGCUCUUUGGAGUGCCACCUUUUGACAAAUAUAAACAGAUGAAUGAUAAGACAAAACGGUUUUGUUCAGCUUCCAAAAGACAGCCCAAAGAUCAGUCUUAAGGAUACAAUUCUUCUUUAUGCUUACCAAGAGAUAUCCACUUUUGUAAUCAUAGGUACUUAGGAAAGGCAGUACGCAAGAAUCGCGAUUGCGUUUGGGAUGCGUUGCAAUUGUGGCGCCGAACGCCCCCUGCUGAUUUGUUCUUUUUGGAUAGCUUGUAAAUGAAGCAACUUUUGUGGAUUUGUUACAUCAAUACAAAACUAUGCCCUGAUUCUUUUGCCUAUAAAAACUAUUGAAUUGAUAGUUUUUUUUGGGUCAAAGAAUGUAGAUAGAUUUUUUAUAAACCGAAUCUAAAUGAUCUAAUGUGUAUGCUUUUUGGACAUCGGGUAGCUUAUAAACCUGUCUGAGAGAGUUGCAAUGUCUCUCCAAAAUUAAAUUGGAAAAUACAAACUUUGGGAAAGCAGAAAAAUAUGUGCAUAAAUAUUGGAUACUUCUUUUUGUCACAGACACACUCUGUCUCUAUCCUACGAAGGUAGGGUUUUUAUCGUCCCUGAGCCCAGCAUCGUCUUCUAGUGAGAAAAUUAAGAAAUUGGUUUCAGCCGGAGAUGCCGAAGAAAGUAAAUUGGACGAGUAUUGGGACCGUUUUGUUAAGGCAUGGUGUUCCAUUUGCAGAAUCUCAAGUAGUCUCGUCUUCGUUCACUGCCUUCAUUAGAGGUGUGAGAAUCUCAUACACGUAUUCUACAUGAAGAUGAGGAUACAAGUAUCCAUCAGUAAGAAUAAAAGGGGACCAAAAGGUUUGGGAAGUUAAUAGAGUGUAAAAAAGGCUAUGGCGGAAACAACGAGCUGGAUCCCAAUAUGGUUCCCUUUGAUGGUGUUGGGUUGCUUUAGUCUCAAAUGGUUGGUUAAGAAAGUAAACGUGUGGCUCUAUGAGUCCUGCCUUGGGGAGAACAGGCGCUAUCUCCCACCGGGAGAUUUGGGUUGGCCUUUCAUUGGCAACAUGACGUCUUUUCUCAGAGCUUUCAAGACCUCUGACCCUGACUCCUUUGCCCGCACCUUAAUCCGAAGGUAUGGACCUAGAGGUGUGUAUAAAGUACACAUGUUUGGGAACCCAAGUAUAUUGGUAACAACAGCAGAUACUUGCCGGCGUGUGCUGACGGAUGAUGAUGCUUUCCGGCCAGGUUGGCCAACUUCUACAAUGGAGCUUAUUGGAAGGAAGUCAUUCAUCGGCAUCUCCUCUGAAGAACACAAGCGGCUCAGGCGUUUGACUGCUGCUCCUGUCAAUGGCCAUGAAGCUCUCUCUCUCUACAUACCUUACAUUGAAGAAAACGUCGUCGCCGCCUUAGAGAAGUGGACCAAAAUGGGAGAAUUCGAGUUCUUGACUCAUCUGCGUAAGCUGACCUUUAGAAUCAUCAUGUACAUCUUCCUCAGCACUGAGAGUGAGAAUGUCAUGGACGCGUUGGAGCAAGAAUAUACCGCUCUUAACUAUGGAGUUCGAGCUAUGGCGGUUAACAUUCCUGGUUUUGCUUAUCAUAGAGCACUCAAGGCGAGGAAAAAACUCGUGGCUGCCUUUCAGGCCAUAGUGACUGAGCGAAGGAAUCAAAGGAAGCAGAACAAUUCAUCCAAUAAGAAAGAUAUGUUGGACAAUCUUCUUGAUGUUAAAGAUGAAAACGGAAAAACUUUAGAUGACGAGGAGAUUAUUGAUGUUCUUCUCAUGUAUCUUAAUGCCGGUCAUGAAUCCUCUGGCCACACCAUCAUGUGGGCUACCAUUUUCCUUCAGGAACACCCUGAGUUCCUACAAAGGGCAAAGGCCGAACAAGAGAUGAUCUUGGAAAACAGGCCUAAGGGACAAAAGGGUCUGACACUAAAAGAAACCCGACAAAUGGAGUUCCUGUCGCAGGUUGUUGAUGAGACACUUCGAGUCAUAACAUUCUCACUCACCGCUUUUCGGGAGGCAAAGACUGACGUCGAAGUGAAUGGCUAUUUGAUCCCAAAAGGUUGGAAGGUUUUGACGUGGUUUAGGGAUGUCCACAUGGACCCUAAAGUCUACCCGGAUCCGAGAAAAUUUGAUCCAUCUAGAUGGGAUAAGGGUUUCGUACCAAAAGCUGGCGCGUUCCUUCCUUUUGGUGCUGGAAGCCAUUUAUGCCCAGGAAAUGAUCUCGCUAAGCUCGAGAUCUCAAUUUUUCUUCAUCAUUUCCUCCUCAAGUAUCGGGUGAAACGGAGCAAGACCGAGUGUCCAGUGAUGUACUUGCCUCAUACCAGACCAACUGAUAAUUGCUUGGCAAGAAUCAGUUAUCAGUGAAACAUGAUUCUCAUCUUCUCCGUAAAAUAAGAUGCUGUUUGCAGUGCCGUUAACUUUUGUUCACCAGUUAAGAGUUCGUUAACUCAUUAGUUAUAUGGUCCUGAGAGUUAACUCUUGUGUUUCUUCCGUUUGAAACUUUAUUGACUGCUUACUCUGUUCCAUGAAACAGAGCCUUUAUUCUCUUCAUUUGGUAUUAUUUGACUAUUUAAUGUCAAAAGUUAAAAACUUAUUUAUCUUAAGGUGCCUUUGAAAGCAA